AUGAAGAGUGCCGGCCUCCGCAAGAUGCCGCGACGCACAGCUAUCAAGCCCGAGCCCCAAGAGGCGAGCCAGACACCAUCUGCCGUAUCUCACUCUCACACCAGCGAGAGUCGAUCACCAUCCAUUCCAAAUGGAAUUCCGCCGCUGAACGCAAAUCAGUCCUUCUAUCGUUCGGACGCCCCAAGCAUCGAGACCAGACAGCGUCCUCGUCAGCAGCUUCGAGGUGACGCCUCCGUAACAACUCAUGACACACCACAGCUUAUGGAAAUGCGGCCUCGCCAUUCCGAUCACAAGGGGCGCAAUGUGACCCCAGCAUCCUCCCAGAGCGAGAGUGUCCAGCAAAGCUUCAUGCACCAGUCUUUCACAGAUAUCGGAAUGAAGUUGAAAGCUUGUAACGACACGUUGGGUGAGUUGCAGCAGUUGGGUAUCUCGCACGUUGCCCAACUUCCAGAGUUGGUCAUGGUCGGUGACCAGUCAGCCGGCAAAUCAAGCCUGAUGUCUGGCCUGGCGGAGCUUGAUCUCCCUCGAAGUGGUGGAGUUUGCACGCGAUGUCCCAUCCACAUCCGUCUCAGCCGCGACAACCGCUGGUCUUGCACAGUCUCGCUGCAGAUAGACUACGAUUACCAGCCGCGCGGCCCAGUUAGAAGGUCUGAUGUUACUCGAAACAACCCUUUUCCUCCGUGGGUCAAAAAGCCACGCGUCGUGAAACACUUCAAGUCGAUCGAUUUCGACGAGAGACUGCACACGGAAGAAGUCCUUCGAUGGGCACAGGUGGCCAUCUUGAAUCCCAAUCAUGCCUCUAGCAUCUUCGUCCCGGGCGAAGGAGCCUACGCCAGGGAUAACGUGUUACAGGCAGCGGCAGAUGCUACGGAGGCUCAAUUCUCCCCCAACAUCGUCGCUCUGGAGAUGAAGGGUCCCAACCUUCCAGACCUGAGUUUCUACGAUUUACCAGGAGUUUUCUCCACACCAGCCCGCGAGGAAGACGAGUAUCUUGUCCAGGUUGUAAGAAACCUCUCCAGCGAGUAUAUCUGCCGAUCGCAAGCCAUCAUCCUGUGGGCGUUACCGAUGAAUAACGACCCGGAGACCUCGAUAUCCCUAGGGCUCAUCAGAGCGGCCAAGGCCCAGGAGCGAACUGUUGGUGUUUUGACGAAGGCUGACAUGGUUCGGCCUGAAGAUACACCGCAAUGGCUUUCGGUGCUUCGUGGCGAGAAACACCCUGUGGGACGCGGCUACUUCAUUACCUCCCGUCCCGUUUUGCCGAAUGAUGAUGGCAACAUGGACCGGCUCAAUCAGUGGGAGGAGCAAUUCUUCACUAGUAACGAGCAGCACUGGCCUCCCGACUUCCACGAAUUUUCGGACCGGUGUGGCGUGGAAGUUCUUAAGGCCUUUCUCUCAAAAUGCCUUGGCGAAGCCUUCUCCAGAAGUUUGCCAGCAAUUAAAAACAAAGUCAGGGCCCGCCUAGCUGAGAUUAGAGACCAGCUGUCAGAGCUUCCUGAGCUUCCUCACAACGUGGAACAUGAAGUUAGGAAGAGCUUGUACGAUUUCAAUGAUGCGGUCAAGCUUGCGGUCAAAGAUACGGACUUUCAAGCGAAGUGGGACGAGCUAAAUAAGUACUUCCAAGCCUGCGUUCUCACCAUCAAACCGACUUGCAAAGUAGCGCCCGGGCCUGAUGAACCGACUCCAUAUAGAGAACACAAUAACGGCGUCGUUGAGAUUCUGGAUGACCCCAAUUCGGUUGAUACCCCGUCACGGAAGCGGCCGAGGCCCAGCGACCACACCAUCAGAGCAACACCAAAACGAUCGCGAGCAGAAGAACCAGGAAUGAGUCCAGUCAAGCAGGAAGGUGGUGGUGGUGGUUCCGCGACCCCUAGUGCUUGGCGCACUACACCGAUGCCGGGCGGUAAAGUCACGGAAUUGGGCCCCUUCAGAGACUUUGCCGAGAUUGGACGACAGGGACUCAACUUGCAAACCAUCCGGAAUGAGAUCACUCGCCGUCGACGUGCUGGUCUACCUGCUGAGAUUGUGUCUUCCGAAGUGUACGACUCCCUAGUGAUUGGCGCCAUCACCAAAUGGAAGAAGCCCCUGGAACUGUACAUUUCGCUCACGAUGGCGCUGUUCAAGUCGACUCUUCGUAACGCCUUAGAGGAGAGCAUGGCUACUCUUUCAAAGCGGAUGAUUUUCAAGGCGGCGGAUGCCCAGCUAAUGGUAUAUAUUGAGAAGAUGGAAAUGUUCCAGCGAGCCAAACUGGAGGACCUCUUUGAUGCAGAAACAUACCAGAUGUACACAACCAACAACGAUGCUUUCAAGAGAUACAAGGAGGCUGAGCUAGAGACCCUCAAGCGCCACCGCGCCAUAUACAUGCUGAGGCACGCUGGAAUCUUUGAUGCAGACUACAAGAUCCUGCCAUUAGAGAGGAUGAGCCAGGAGAAACGUCACAAAGAACGCGAUGAGAUCAGCAAGGGUCUCUUGAAACUGGGACCUGAGGAAUUUGCCACCGAGAUUGAAGUUGCAGCGACGGUGCGCGGCUACUACAUUCUUGCCGCGAUGCGCUUCGUCGAGAGCGUAACGCUGAGCCUGAAUUCCAAACUCUUCCGUGCAGUGGCUUCAAACAGUCUUCAUGAGGACUUGACAGCAGAAUUAGGCCUCAAUCAAGCGGACGACACCACCUUCGCUCGACUUAUGGAAGAGGACGGCGAGAUUGCCAACAAGAGGGAACAGCUCAAGGGGGAGAAGAAGAAGCUCUCCCGAGCCACACAGUCCAUCGAUAACCUGGAGUUCCCAGACGGCGGUGGCGGUGCACUCGAUGGCCCGUUCGGUCGUCUUUCUCAGAGUGUCGUUGACCUAGACACUGUGAUGGAGGAUGAGAUUUGA